GGCACAGCUCGAGCUCUUCCGACUGUUCGGCUGGAACAAGAUCGCCAUUCUACACCAGACCAAGGAGCCGCACGUCGGGGUCAUAAACGAGCUACAGAAUUUGGUAUCGGCCAGUAACUAUUCGAUUAUUGGUGCUGAGAGUUUUUACAAGGACCCUUAUGAUGCCAUUGAACGCCUCAGGAAUAAAGAUGUCCGAAUCAUUGUAUCUAGUUUCUACGAGGACGUCGUGUGGAAGGUCUUUUGCAGCAUUUACAAGUUGGGCAUGUUCGGGCCCAACUACGUGUGGAUCAUCCCUGGUUAUUUCACCAAUGGCUGGUGGGCAGCGGACAACAACGGCGUAGAAUGCACACCGGAGCAGUUGAAGACGGCCAGCGAGGGGUACCUGACUAUCACCUUCAGUAUGUACGGGCUGAGUGAAGACCCGGGUAUAUGUGGGAAGACGCCACAAGAGUUCCGGGAGGAGAUCGCCAGUGAGGUCGGCUACACCAUCUCGGUCACAAACCGCGGCUCAGCUGCCAUGGGUUACGACGGCAUCUGGGCCUUGGCCCUGGCCAUGGAUCAGGCAGAGGCCGACCUGACCGGCCGGCUGGAUUCGUACCGGUACGGGGACGUGGAGUACGCCCGGUCGGUCGGUAGAAGCAUCCACCGUCUCGGCUUCGACGGUAUGUCGGGCCCGGUACGUUUUGCUGAAGGUGGUUACAGAAUCGGAAACCUAUUGAUCGAGCAAAAUAUUGAUGGGAAAGAGGUCGUGGUUGGGACGUACGACAACAUCGCCGACCUGAUCAGGUGGUCUGUACCUAUCAAAAAGCUGUGGUAUUACAGUGGUGGGGCGCCCCCUUUCGAUUCGGAUAUUACAAAGACGGUUGAGUAUCUCCAAGGGAACCCUGUGGCCUUCAUCGCAGCCGUGAGUGUCCUCGCAUCCGUGGGACUGAUCCUCGCCGUCAUGUUCCUGAUCUUCAAUAUCUGGAAACGGCACAACAGGCAAAUCAAAAUGUCCAGCCCAAAGAUAAAUAACAUCAUCUCUGUCGGAAUCAUGCUAGCGUACAUAAGUGUGGCUCUCCUUGGCAUCGAUCGCCCCAUGGUGGACCACGAGAACGCCCUCCUUGCGAUUUGCAGGAUACGCUCCUGGAUCAUGCCCCUGGCGUUCACUCUUGCGUUUGGAGGAAUGUUCACCAAGAUGUGGAGGGUGUAUAGUAUCGUCAUCGCCAACAAGACCAAAAGAAAGGUGAUAAAAGACUACUAUCUCUUUGGCAUCAUCGCCGUGCUGCUGUUGGUGGAUUUUGCCAUUCUUAUCCCCUGGCAGAUCAUCGAUCCGAUACGCAUCGAGGAAAAGCGGCUCCCCGUUCCACAGAAUGAAGUGGAUCUCGAACGACACGAGAAACGGGUCAAACUGAACGUCAUCUGCACGUCCAAUAACAAUACCAUAUGGACACUGGUGCUCAUCAUUUAUAAAGCGUUUGUCGUCGUGUUCGGCGCUUUCCUGGCUUGGUCAACAAGAAACAUCAAAGUGUCUGGCUUGAACGACAGCCAUUACGUGGGCUUGUCCAUCUACAACACCGUCAUCUGCUGUGUGGUAGCUGUGCCUCUCUCCUUGCUAAAUGUCUCCUCCACCACUGUGACCUUUGCCCUCGUGUCUGGAUUUCUGCUGCUCUGCAUUACGGUGUCGCUCUGCAUGCUGUUUAUUCCGAAGAUUGUUGCGGUCUACCGCAAGAACACCGUUGCAGACGAGUCUUUCCUGGGAACGAGGUUCGGAACGACUGUAGGGGCGCCCAGAGUGACUACGGGCGCGCUUGGCAACGACCUGCCGACAACCAGCGCAGUGGUGGAGUCCCGCACGACUGGGGCAUUGCUGGAUGCUGCACCUAACUCCGUGAAAUCUUGAGGCGGUUGACUGGCCUGCAUUUUGGCCACAUCAACCACCAUACUGGUACAGCUGUUGCCUGGGGUUGCCAUGUGGCCUACACUGCUAUUUCAGUGACGGAGCUCUUGGUACAUCGCUAUUGAAUAUGCACGGUUUGUAUAUAGAUCACGUUACUGCUCACUUAGACUCACCACCCUACAAAUAAAACUAUACUGGAGUCGCACUCGGGACGUUUUUUUCCGUUUCUAUUUUGGUCAUUGGUUAUUUCAUUUAUUUAUACAUUUGUUUGCUACUAUCGUAGUGCUUGUAUUACGUCUUUCUUUUGACUAUAAACGAGAACCAAAGAUUGAAAUUUUCUCAUCGCUGUUUCAAGAUGGCGUAUAGCAGUUUUUCUGUUGUCCCCAAAUAAUUGGGUUAUAUAAGUUAUCCAUAUUUGUUGUUACACGCACUAACCCGAAGCAGGCAUUCUCUUCCAGGGAGUAAAAACCAGGGGCAGUGAUUUAGGCCCAAUGCCGAAUAUGGAGUGAAAAAACCCACAUUUUAUCAGUGUGGUCUACUACGACAUGUUUCGUCUUCUGCCUGGCCGAUUUCCUCUGUAGGAUGACGCAAUUUAGUUUUCUUUUCGUCGCUUUGAGAAACACAAAUGAUGUUCCUUUUGGUGGUUAUGAAAGUAGGCUCUUGUUUACAGCAAGCUGCAGGUCCACGUUUUGCCUGACUUUGGGCCCUGAGCAGGACCAAAGAAGGGGCGCAAUUUUCCAAGCAACGGAGGCACCUUUGGUCGGAGCUUCACUUUGAUAGUCCACGAACGACUGUGACACCCGCUGCAGUUGCAUUCGCUACCGACAAUAUGAACACUCUCCACUAACAUGGCUCUUUUCAACCGAUGAGGGCGUGUUUUUGCUCAAGGCGCUUGCGAUGCCUACAGUCGCCGCAUUUACUCCACGAUGUUGAAACCAUCAUGUCAGCAGCAGUUCAUCUUUGUCAUUUGUGUAUUUUACUCCUCUAUAAGCCAACACAGUUGUUCUAAACCUUCAGUUGGGAGCCUAUGAACAUACCUGAUGACGUUGCAGCCCAGAGAAGAUUGUAUACUCUUGACAAAAACCCCUAUUCUAAGAUUUUGAUUUCAGAUAAAAAAGUUGCAGAGUCAUGUUUUUAAUAAGAGAAUAAAUAUGUUACUGGCCGGCCUUAAACGCACGUUGUUGUUUUUUUUAUUUGUUAUUUUUUUCUGAAAAU